AUUUCACCGACAUUUAGUUUAGUACCGUUUUUGGCUGCAGUCGCACUUCGGACAGUUUAUUCUAAUUGUGUGCUACCAUCCCAUACACAUACAAAUAUAUAAUUGUUAAAGUUAACGUUAUUAAACACACCAUAUUAAAUGCUAUUAUACACGGGCCGAGCAAAGCCAUUUUGAAAGCGGUCUACUCUAACUCCAUUCACACAUGAAACACACACGAAAAAAAAAGAAUAUUCAAUUAAAUCAAUUGUAUCCGUAAUAAAGUCCAAAAACACACAGCAAAAAAAUUAAAAUCAAAUAAACUUAAUGAUAUACAAUGUUUAUCGAGUUGAAAUCUAAAUGUAAUAACUAUUUUCUAUGAAAAUCGAGUGUUUCCGCAUCGGGAAAAAGUUAAUAAUUCAAUUAAUGUUAACGCCAAAUAUAAUUCGACAAGAAAAAGCGCAUGCAACAAGUUAAAUCCAGCCACAAGUUGUAAACCAAGUUAGAACCGUACUCACAGAUACACACCAAUACUAAUACGAAUACGAAUGAAUGCCCGGUAUACACACACCAGAGCAAACGCAAAAAACAUACACCAAUACACACGCAGACUAUAACAAUGUCAAGUGAAAACAUUCUCUGGAAGCAACAGGUUUCCCCUUAAUAAGUGUUAUAAAGAAGCAACCCAACAGUCAUCACCCAGAACUGUUCGUUUGAAAAGAGCGAGCGACCGAGGAGAACGCGAGAAUUAAAGAAGAUAAUAUAUAUAGUAAAAUAUAUAUACACCUAUACAUAUAUAUAUAUAUAAAAUAAAAGAAACCCCAGCUAGAGAAAGAGGAGAUCCGAUCCGAUCCACCUUCCAGUCAGGCAGAGCCUAACAAAAUUUGUUACCAUAAAAAUAAUAGAAAUAAUAAGCGAAAAAAAGUAGACACAGUUCAUAAGUGGGUUAAACAAGAAAAAUUAGUGUGACUGCAACCGAGUGGAACCGAGCCAACCCCGAAUCCAGACCCAGACCCAGACCCACAACCGAUCUUGGCCCAAACCAACAGAGUUCUUAGAGCGCAUCCGCUGAGAGAGCGUAUUAACCUCAAAGAACCAUGGAAUUCUACGAUGGCGACCUCAAAGAUAUAUGGGAUUCCGACUUAGAUCCGGAAUCCUUGAAAAUCAGCCCCGAUCACGAUAUGCACGACUGGCUGUUCGAUCGCGAUGUCAAAGAUCCCACCGUCAUACUCAACGACAAGCUCAUCUCGGAUGCACUGCUCAAUGGCACCCAGCCGAUCAAGACGGAGCACUCCUACAGCCUCAACAGCGACGUUGAUUCCCUGCCCGAUUCACCAAAAAGCCUUCAGGCCAAAAUCGAGGACAUGGACGACGAGUGCUAUCCUGCCAUUUCACUAAAGACGGCCACCAGUGGGCGCGCCACCAUCGACCCCAAGUGCCUCACCCUCCAUCCCCCGCCCACCACGCACAUCAGAAGCCUGAGCAGCAAUCCCGCCCUCAACACAUCCGUCGUGGAGCUGACCAGCCCCUCCCUGACCCUAACACGGUCCGGCCUGCAGAGCCUGCAGUCGCAGCAGCCACAUCACGGAGUCCAUGGCUCCAACUCCGGCCACGUGGUGGUCGCAGCCCUCGAGCACUUUCAACUACCUCAGCACCUGUACGACAAUGACUGCAGCUCCUCGGUAUCAUCGGUGCGGGAAGGCAGCAUGUCGCCGGAUAUAUGCUCCGACAUCGAGAUCGACGAAUCGGCCAUCAAGGAUGAGCCCAUGUCGCCGGACUCCAGCUGCCCCGCCAGUCCCAAUUCGCAGGGUAGCAGCUCCCAGCACCAGCUUAGCCUCAACCUGGCCCACCUGCAGACAGAGAUGUUAUUUGAAACGAAGCAUGGUGGACUCCUGUUGACCGCCAGCAACAACAACAACAGCCUCAUCAAAUCCCAGCAGCGACAGCAACAGCUUCUCGGUCAGGGUGAUCUCCUAAUGACCAAAAUGGAGAUCAAGAGCGAGAAACAGAGCCCCGGCAGCAGCACCAGCUCCAGCAAUAGCAGCACCAGCAGCGGAAAAUCACAUGCUCAUGGGUAUGGAAUACCGCUGACGCCACCAUCCUCCCUGCCCAGCGAUGAUUCCGAAGGUAACUUGACACCGGAACACUUAUUUUCGCCACUGUCGCCCAACGCUUCCGUUUCUAUAUCCGUGGCCAAUGCAGCCGGCGGCGAGUCAUCCGUUAUGGUACGCCGGAACGCUGCCGGCAUCACUCGCUCUUCCAGCGGCUCCAACUCUAGCUCCAGCACAACAACGGCAACCACAACGACCCGCCAGCCGAUCCACACGCCGCUAAUUAGCUCACAGCCGAAAGGUUCCACGGGAACUCUACUUUUAACGGAGGAGGAGAAGCGAACUUUGCUGGCCGAAGGCUAUCCGAUACCCCAGAAACUCCCGCUCACCAAAGCCGAGGAGAAAUCUCUUAAGAAGAUUCGACGUAAAAUCAAAAAUAAAAUCUCUGCUCAGGAAAGUCGACGCAAGAAGAAGGAGUACAUGGACCAGCUGGAGAGACGCGUGGAGAUUCUCGUGAACGAGAACCAUGACUAUAAGAAGCGUCUGGACGGGCUGGAGGAGACCAAUGCCAAUCUACUUAGUCAGCUGCACAAACUGCAGGCCCUAGUUAGCAAGCACAAUGUUAAAAAGUCCUAAGCCCAGAUCCAGAGCCAGUAGCCUCUGGGUCCGGAUCCGUUUCUUGUUUCCCCGCCUUUCCGACACAUAUGUAUAUGUAAUUGUAGAUUCUACACAUAUAUUUAUCCGUAUGUUUUUUUGUUUUUGAUAUAAUUUUGGUCCUGGAGUUUUGCGUGAGAGUUUUUUUUAUAAGAAUUUAUGCGAUGAAUUUUUUUAUUCGGCUUUUGGUUAGCACAAAGCGGUAAACAUUCCCCUCCCUCCUACUUCUACGCAACCAACUCUCACUCCACCGCACCCAUAUACCAAUACCAUACCAUGCAUAUAUGUAUGCUAUAAUAUAUAUUCCACUGAUUUAGCAGCCUAACAGCCUAAACCAUAUUAUUAAUUUGUAUCUAUAUCCUAGCUACUUGUAGGGCGUAUAUUAUAUAGAGAUAUGUAUAUUAGUCAUGCAUUCCUGUUAUAUAAACUUGAUCUAGACUCUAGAGCUUAGGCGAACGACCAGCUGCAACUACAAUAGCAACCACAAUUCAAAUCAAGAAGCUCAAAAAUUUAAAAAAAAAGAGUAAACGAGUAAAAAAGAGAGAAGCUAAAAUAAUACAUAAUAUUGUAAUAAAAUGAAAUCAACAGACCAAAAACAAAAGCAUAAAAAAACAGCAAACUAAUGAAAAAAGUUAACAAAAAAUGGACAAAAAAAAAGAAGAAAGAAUCGCAUAUGACAUGCUAAGAUGUGGGCUCUUAAAAAAAAAUUAUCAAAUCUUUGAUUGAUCUAAGAGCAGCAACAUGUACAUUAUGUUUUAAUAAUGAUUGAAUGAUUGAACGAAAGACUCUCGGAGCCUAAUCUCUGUGCUGUCUUUGGCAUGACUCUUGUUCCUUUAAACGAUAUUUCUCAAAAAACAAACAUGAAAGCUAUUGAAUGAGCUGAAUGAAGGAUAAUACCUAAAAAAUUCCAUAAUUUAGCUAUGUAGAAUGAGUACAUAUAUAACAAACUAUGUCUGUAUGCAGCAUUUAAGUUUCUUUUUAUUUGUUUACCAGCAACAGUCGGGAUGGAGAUUCAAAAUAACGAAUUUAAGAAAUAGGAUCCUCCGGCUUCCCGGAUUCGUUCUCCACUUGUUGCGUUGCCUGGACGAAUUAAACAAUAUCCGAGCCAAUCAAUUAUGAAAAAUGAAUUAUUGUUUGUUAAGUUUUAUAUUAUAAGACAGCGCUGCACUAACCAAAAUGAAAUUGACAUUGAAAAUGAAUAGAGAGCAAUACCCAAUUCAAUCAAAUUUUGCAGCAAUGAUUUUGUUUUUAUGUUUAUAUUUCAGUUUUAACGAUCUAGUGCAAUUUUUUGGCAUAAAUAAUUAGACAGAUAUUUUUUGUAUUUUGUAUUUCUUCACAUCGUUCUGAAUGAGUCAUUCUAGUUUAAAUUAGUUGAAUUUAUAUAAACAAAAUUACUUAAACGAAAUUUUAAGUCUAACGCAUUGAUUUCUUAUCAAGUGGAUAUCAAAAGAAUAUAUAAUAAUUUAGAUUCUUUAAUGUAUGUAUGUCCUGUGCAUGUGUGUAUAAAUCAAGCGGACAAAGUUGUGCAAUUGUUAGUAAAAUUUAAAAAAAAAACAAACGAAAAUCAAGAAAUGUUUAGGAAAAAUACCGGUAACACAAAAUCGAAGUUGAAAAUCAAAGCGCUUGUGCAAUGACAAACAUUUUUAUUAUAAAAUGCGUAAACGAAACAAAUUAACAACAUUAUAUACAUUACAUAUACUAUUUUUUGGCUAUAGCAUUUUUAACGCAUAUAUUGUAUGUUAAAAGUUUAAAAGAAAACAAACAAAACAUGAAAAUAUAAACAAAAAAAUUGUAAAACUAUUAUGAUCGGUUGCUGUAAUUUGGCAAAAGUAAAAGUGCAAUUCCAAAUAAAAUUUAUACAACCAUAA